UGUGUAUGAACACUGGAUAACUGCAGCAGCAGCAGAGUAGCUCGGUGCUCACCGCGGAGAGGACGGCUCUCAGACUCACAAGGGUUUUUUUGGUGGACUCCAGGAAAACAACCAGAUUGAUCGUGCUCUCAUCAGAAGGAUAAUCUAAUAAUUCCUCUGCCUCCCACUGGGCCUACAAAUACUCACUUCUCCAGCUCAGAUUUGCGUGUUUCCACAAAUUGAGUGCAGUCCAGGCUGCCCUUGGACCCAGGAGUGCCUGUUAAACAUGAAGGACCAGAGGCCAGUCCAGCCCCUGCUGCUCCUGCUGUUCCUCACGCUCUUCGCCCUGAUGUCACAGCUGUGGGCUUUCCCCUUCAGCCCAUCCCUGGACCUGGAUGUCACUCCGAGGACAACUGUCUUCAUGAAAGGUCUGCUGGGCAGCUCACGUUUCAGAGGUUCUUCCCAGAACUACAGCACUCUGCUCCUGGAGGAGGACGUCGGCCUGCUGUACGUGGGAGGACGAGGAGCUCUGUACGCUCUCAACACCUCCAACAUCUCCACACCUGGAAAUCUCACAAUUGAUUGGGAUGCUUCUCCAGAGCAGAAGAAACAGUGUCUUAACAAAGGAAGAGACAACAAGACAGAGUGUUUCAAUCACAUCCGCUUCCUGCAAAGAUACAAUGAGACCCACCUGUACGCCUGCGGGACAAAUGCCUUCAAACCACUGUGUGCUUAUAUUGAUGCAGAGCGGUUCAGCUUCUCCUCGGGCUUUGAAGAAGGCAGAGACAGGUGUCCAUACGACCCAGCCAAGGGAUACACAGGCCUCCUCGUAGAUGGCGAGAUGUUCACAGCAUCUCAGUACGAGUUUCGAAGCUCUCCGGACGUGCGAAGAAACUUCCCCUUCCCCACUCUCAGGACGGAGGAGGCUCCCACUCGUUGGCUUCUGGAGGCAGACUUUGUGGGCUCAGUGCUGCUGAAGGAGAGCAUCAACAGUUCCAUCGGCGACGAUGACAAGAUUUACUUCUUCUUCACGGAGAAGAGCCAGGAGCAGAUUGCCUACCCGAGCCAAACCAAGGUGUCACGGAUUGCCAGAGUCUGCAAGACGGACUGGGGUGGUCAGAGGACCCUUCAGAGAAAGUGGACCACCUUUCUAAAGGCCAGAAUGGUGUGUUCUGUCCCUGAAUACGAGCUGCACCUCAACAUCCUGCGGAGCGUGUUUGUCCUGCAGGGCAAAGAUGCUCAAAGCAGUGUUUUCUACGGCAUCUUUGGACUUGAAUGGAAGAACAUCAAAGCGUCUGCGAUCUGCCAGUACGCCUUCUCAGAUGUGCAGAAGGCUUUCGAAGGGCCUUACAUGGAGGUGCAGGACUCCAAGUGGAGAGAGUACACGGGUAAAGUUCCCGAGCCAAGACCUGGAUCUUGUAUCACAGACAUGCACAGGUCGCAGGGUAUCAACUCCUCUCGAGACCUCCCAGACCUCGUCCUCACUUUCGUCAGAAGACACCCACUCAUGGCCAGUCAGGUGCAUCCAGUGGGGGCGCGUCCACUUAUGUUCAAGAGGAGCGUCAACUAUGUCAAGAUAGCUGUGCAUAAGGAGCAAGCGCUGGACGGGAAGAUUUAUACUGUUCUGUUUUUGGGAACAGAUGACGGCUGGCUGCACCGAGCUGUAGACAUCGAUGGAGAAAUGCACAUCAUAGAAGAGCUGCAGUUGUUUGAUAAACCUCAGCCCAUAGAGAGCAUGGUCAUAUCUUCUGCUUUGCGGAGUAUCUACAUUGGCUCUCGCUCUGGAGUCAUCCAGGUGCCAAUGUCAGCCUGUCCGAGGUACACUUCCUGUUACGACUGUGUUUUUGCCAGAGAUCCGUUCUGCGGCUGGGAUGGGAGGCAGUGUGUGGAAAUAUCUACUCGUGCACAGAGGUCAAACCUGACCCAGGAUAUCUUGAGAGGAAUCAGAGGCUGCCGGGAGAAUUCAGGAAACGUUGUUCAUCGAAGGCGUUCUGUGAUGUCAGGAGAUGACGUACUACUUCAGUGUGAGCUACGCUCCAACCUGGCGACUCCACGCUGGACGCUAAAUGGCAAAGAACUCCAGGGAUAUGGCCUCAACUCAGGCUACCGCAUCGGCACAGACGGCCUCCUCAUCAUCGGAGCUCGAGCCCAACAGAGCGGCUCCUAUCGCUGCUUUGCUGUGGAGAACUCCAUCUCAGUUUUGGUUUAUUUCUACACAGUCAAGGUGCACACAGACCCGUACUUCCCCGUGGAGCCUACGGUGACAACAGACCCCACGACAGUUUCCAGCCCAACUGUUUUCUCUACCACCACACCCACAGAGCAGCCUCUCCCGUCGCCUCCAGCCCCGGUGCCUUCAGGCCCUGAGUUCCAGACGUACAGACACAUGGAGGCUGUCUACAUCUCCCUUGUGGCAGUUCUUGGAGGGCUUUGCUUGGUGUUGAGCGUGGUGCUACUUUAUAUUAGCUUCUGCACAAGACGGGCCGGAGCGCAGGAUCGUAAGUUCUCCCAGCAGGGGCUGCAGGUUUUAGGAGCCUCUGAAAGGAAAAGGAGCUCCCAUGUUGAGCUCAAAACCAUCUCCAGCCACUGCAACGGCCGCCAAGGUCGUCGCUCAAUCUCUGUGCCGACAUUUGGGGACAUCGGUGAUGGAUUUAUUCAGAUUGUUCCAGGUGAAGGGCAGUUCUCUCCAGGUAAAACACCUCCUCCUGCACCGCCACUCCCAAUGCCGCCUCCUCUUCCAAACGUUGACUACGCAAAUGGGCUCUCAGCCACUCUGCCAAGCGUGCUGAGGAAGAUGAACGGGAACAGCUACGUCCUACUGAGGCAGGCCGAUCCUGACGGCAUGUCGCCACUCUACCACUCCUUCACAGAGGAGCUCAACAGGAUCCUGGAGAAGAGGAAACACACGCAGCUGGACCUACAGCCUGAUGAGAGCUCCAUCUAGGACAGCCUUCUCUCUGUCUUUGUCCCUUUGUUAUUUAUUUUUACCCCUGUAUUUGUGGGGAGAACUGACAGUUGUACAAACGCUGCUGUUAUUUAUCCAGUGUCAGACCUCCUGCAGUGUCCUACCUGAUUGGAAAUGUGCCGCCUCCUGUGUCUCCUGUGACUUCACUUCAAGAACAGACUGGCCAGAGUUGGAGCUGUGAAUAUAUCUACCACUGACUGAACUGUUUCAAAGUUGGGAGCUGGAUGAUGCUACCUCAGCGUAGACUCUCGGGAGACUUGAGAAAAAAACGCCAGUAGGAUGACAAAAAACAUGCGAAAGGAGCUAAAUGGGACAUGGAUACAAAAAUAAAUCAGGCCAGGAGGAAUUCAUGAAAGUUAGGGACUGUGGAAUUGUCUGGGAAGUUUUUGGUGCCAUGUAAAAUAACCCCUCUGUGGAGCUUCAAAGUGAUGUAACACCUGAAAUCUAUUUUUGUGUGUUGUUACAUGGCUAAAGAAAAGACCUUCCUUCCACCUAACAUAACACCUGAAACCUUGGAGCUAGUAUAACUUAGGUUAAUGUAAUGUGGCUUCUGGUUUUGGGAAAUUCAGCUUGCUUUCAUGGGCUAAAAUGAUGGACAGCUAAGUUGUGACACAGUCAAAAAUACUGACCGAUAAAUCAGUCAGUAUUCCACCUCCUGGUGUGUAGCAUUGGUGGCUAAUGAGAGAGCUAUCCUACAAAUGCACUUACCCAUCACACUAAAAGGCUUAUUAUAACAGUGACUAUUUUAUUUAAAACAACGAGCAUAUGGAUGGACUAGCAGAGAAGGUCAUGAUGCUACAAGAGGUCAAAGAAGUUUCUUGUUUUAAUGUUUAGGACUUUUAGAAUUGAAUUCAUUGUUAGGCUGUAAGUAAUAAUAAUGUCAACAUUAAUUUCCUUUCAUUUUCAGCCUGGAAACAAGGAACUUAGUGAAGGAUUCUUUUUAGAAUUUCCCUGAGUCAAGGGGAUGUCUUCAGAAUUGAUGGUACUAGUGACCCAGAGCUCCAAACCUUUAAAUAUUAAACAACAAAUUUGCACAAACAAAACAAGUCGGUAUACCCCGUAUACCUGUGUAUAUCCUGCACUCAACACUGGCUACAAGUUUUAUUUUAAUUGAAGUGGGAAGGGGUAUGAAAACUCAAUCAUUCUAGUUAACGACAUUCAGCAAAAUCACAAAAUCACAGUCAAAUAGGCUUAAAUUGUCCAACUGAAUCAGACUUACAUGCACCGUGUCAGCCAUGACUGGGAAAAAAAGUGUCUGAAGUAGUUGAACCAACCGUCAUGGCAGACACAUAUAUACAGAGAGAAUAUGCGUAAAUAUUAACAUCACUUACAUGCCCAUUCCUUCUCUGAAGGAGCAUGUCUGAUUCUGAAAAUAAAAAGCCAGAUUUGUUACAACAGUGGUUCUCAAACAGUGGGUUGGGACCCAAAAGAAGGUCCUGGAACUGUUUUAAAUGAAUGUGUGCCUUGAAAAGAAAAACGAAGCAAAGAGGCUUCAAAGUACAACCUGAGGUUGACUUACACCCAUAUAUUUUAUGUAAUUGCAGGGCUCGACAGUGCGAGCGUUUCACUCGAAUUUGCGUCUAAAAAAAUAGGUGUGUGCGAAAUGUAAAAAAUAUUUAGGGGCACAUGUGUGCAUAAAAAAAUCAGCCGAAGGAGAGAUCCAUGGAGGAGAGACACCUCACUUGGCGUCUGUGUAGCCAUAGCAACACGUCGUCGUCCAUGCUUAUUUAUUCGUCUCAUGUUAAGAACGACAUGUUGGACAGCUCACCGUCUUGCUGGCUGCUCAUAAUGCUCCAAUGCAAGAGCAGAAACCCCAAGACAGCGUAAUUCUGUGUUUUUUAUUCUUUAUGUGGAAAAAAGCAGCGGAAGGAGCUGGAUUUCCCUGUUUCGUCUUCCAAACCAAAGGUUCCAAAACGAACCGAGUCCCCUGGACUAUACAAAACACACCUAUUAGUCUACCUAUUAGUCACUUAGACCGACUCUGACUGAAGUUGCCAAAUUUAAAGUAAAUUUAAAGUACCAAAAUUAGUAACAUUAAAGACAAAAUUAUAUUGCAAUACUUUUUCAAAACUUGAUGAUUUUACCUUUCUGUACAUUUUGUAUACAAAUUCAUUAAAUAAUUUUGCUUGUAAAUGCCUAUUUGCAUCACGUUUAUUAUGGAAAACACAUUAUUUGAUCAAUUUUCAUUGUGCCCCUGAAUUUCUUUAUGUGCUCCUAACUUUUUUCCACUUAGGAGCACAUGUGCUCCUUGGGGAAAAAGUUAGCGUCAAGCCCUGAAUUGUCAUGGAAGUAUUUAAGUUAUCCUAGAAGGGUAACCGCUGAAAUCACAAAUGAUAUGGGAGAGGGGAAAAACCAAAACAGACUAUUAACAAGCUGAAACCAAGAGGUUUUUUUGCAGUCCAAUGAUUCUGAAGGGUCAGGAAGUUGAGGACAGCCCUUAGGAAUAAAUGGGAAUAGAGGAAAGUUAGUACUUCAAAGCUCUUAAUGGACCUUUUCUCUGCAAUUAUCAUCAGAAAAUUGCCUCCACUGAGGAAGGUGAUAUCACAAGCCAACAUAUUUGCCCCACCCACAUUAAACCCAGCCAGGAAAGAGGUGAAAAACUUUCUAUGGUCUAGAUCCAAUAUUCGGUCACAUGUAGAUCUCAGUGUUUUCAUAUGUUUACAGCAACCUUAUUCUAACAGCUCUCGUGUUAAAGACAAAUUUUGGAUUUCAUUUUACAUGGUCUUUAAGUAAUUUUGUUUGAUUUCUCAAGAUCUUGACACAUUAAUCUAAUAAUCUUGGGAUAAUACAGAUGUUCUCCCAGUGGGUUUUCAUAUUCUGAUGGUUCAAUUACCAAGAUCUCUAGAAAACAUUCCAAAAGACGAGUAAAAAAGUAUGCAGAAAUGCUACUGUUUUUGCAGCCUGUUACUAUUUACUAAAACAAGUCAGAUUCCUUAUAUGUGUAAACAUUUUUGGCAUAAAAACUUUAUUCUGAUUCAGUAAUAAAUCUGAGCAGUUUCUCAUUGACCAAAGGUCGGUGGGUCCUGAAGUCACACCACUUGAGAACCACUGUGUUCUAUUACAUAAGAGCUCACAUGGUACGGCAUGAAAAACCAUCAUUUCAAUUAAUUUAAAUCACUGUCUCUAAACUUUUCCUUAUUUUGAUCUAGAGUAAUAAAUAAAUCACUACUGCAGCUGCUUGUAGCUGUGUUUUGUGCCAGUGCCAAUGAAACAUUACUUGCUCCAAAUUCAUUCCCAGCUUCUUUUUUCUUGCCUCUGUGUAAGGAAAGAGACCUCUCUCAUCUGUAUGAGCUUGAUUAGUCUAUUAGAGAGCAGCAGUUCAUUUGUGGUCACAUUGAUUGAAUCACUGUCAGCCACAAGCUGGAUUCAAGAAACCACAACACUGAGAGGAAACAAACAGAUGAGACGCUGUUAAGAAAAUGCUUACCUGCUGUUCUAUAUUUAUAACACUACCACAGUUUGUCUAUGUCAGCCUCCAGCUUUGUUUUUAGAUCAUUCAUCAAACCUUGAAGAUUUUUUCUCCCACCUGAGAUGUCAAGGCUUUGUUUUCCAUGUCAAGAGAUAAAGCAAAAUGGAUUAUUUCAACAUUAUGUUUAAAAAGUGACAAAAUGUUUCUCAUUGAGGGGUGGAUUUACGACAGAGGUGUUUGUCCUCUGCUGCAGAAAAGCUGAAUCAGAGCAGAGGAGACCGUCACUCCUGCAACCUUAGUGUUUAUCCAGCACCCCAGCAAUGCCAAAACAAAAAGAGCUGCAAGGUGAACAGCUCUGUGAUUAAAUAUCACAUGUAUUACUUACAGGGAAGUGACUGAAAUGAAUCUCUAAGUGGUUUGUAAACGUGUCACAGCCGGCAUUAAAUAAAUAUCUGUCAUUCAGGCAAAGUGUUGAAUCAGCUAAUGUCCUCGUGGCUCAGCAGCAGCCCUGCGCCGUGACUCGCCGUGCGCAUUUGUCACGGAGAGGGAGAGAGAGUCAGUGACAGCUACAGCAGUGCUUGGCUCGCAUCCACACAGAGAGGACAGGGGCUUCUUGUCUGUUUGCACAGAGAGCGCUCAUCCCUGCAGGUAGGAGCAGACAGGAAACAUUUGACCCCAGUGUCCUAGUUAGCCAUGGAGGAAGAGAUGCUGAUACAUGGAGGCAGGAGCUGUUUCACACUUGGGUUUUUAGUUGCCAUGUUGUCUGCCUUUUAUGCCACUUUAAGAAGCUUUCUAUAAGCCUUUUAACCUUUAUUUAUUUGGGAAAACUCAAGCUACACAAGCUGAUGAUUGUCUUCAUGAUUGCACAAUACAUAGCAUCUUAAACUUUUGUUUUUUUGCAGUAAAAAACACAGAUGUAUAUUUUCAUUUUGUCUAAAUGGCUGUCAAAACCUGAUGUUUUGCUCACAUUUUAAAUUCAAGAGAACAAUAGUUAAUUUAUUUUGCCCAAAUACAUUUUCUGUAUGUGUGAAGGUGCACUUAAACUACUACAAUUUUAAUCCGAGCCAGUAUAUUUUCUUAUUUUUAGUCAAAAAUGGUCUCACUAGACUUUUCUCCCAGAUAAUAAUCAUAUUUCCAGAUUCAAAAGAAUAAUAAUAAGGCUUGAAUUGAAUGGAAUUGGUGUAAGGAAAAAAAAUCUACCGAUGAGACAAGCAAAAUUUACUUGCAAGUGUUAUUUACUCACAUUUUCCAGCCUCAAUGGCACAUUUUUCUGUUCUUACUGCGAGCAAUUAGGCCUGAAUUUUUGCUUUUUAUAUCAAAAGAUUUUAUUUUGAUGUGGCCUAUAUGUAUUAUGUGGGAUGCAAUUUUUUUCAAGAAAUCAAACAGAUAUACUUCUUUAGCUUUAAGUUUUGCAGUGUAGACAAUAUUGGACAAAAUUUUACCUUAUCUGUUCAAAGCAUUGAUUCCCAUACUAGGGUCCAGGACCACUAAGUGGUGGUGCCAAAGAUCUCGAGACGGGUCUGGCUGCAGACCGUGGAUCUCAGACAACCCUCUUGCAGAUUACUACGCCCCAGCCCAUCAGGAAUUGUCCCAAGUCUCCAGAUUAGCCCCUCUGGGUCUGAGUUGAGUUGAGCUCAGUGUCCUGGCAAAACAGUUUUACAGACAAGUAAGCAACCACAGGGACAUUUUAUUUUCACUCAUUCAUGUAUUUUGUGCAUUUGAAAUUAAAACGAUUACUAAAGAUAUACCAAACAAUAUAAAUAACAGCAUACCUUCUGUAAAGAUGCCAUAUUUGACAAGUCUGAUUUUGAAAAGGAUGUCAGAUGAAGGAAAAAAUUUAAAGUCACCAUGAAAAUUAUUCUGUGAUGCCUCAAUGUUUGCUUUCACAGUUUUUGUUUUGGGCUCUAUGUGUUGCUUUGCUGCAUCCACAUCCUGUGUGCAGUCUGUUUUUUUUUUUUUUUGUAGAGAACAGAUGACAAUACAGCUGCUUAUGUUUGCAGACUCUCAUUUGCAUUUGCAUGUUUUCCUGUUUAUGCUUGUCAGCCCUUUUCUGUUUGCCCUUUUACUUGUUUUCAUCCUCUCUACCCCCUGCUUUUUCUCUGAUGUCCUUUUUUGUUCUCCUGCGUCUUCCCUUCUGCAUGACAGUAUCAUCUAUUACUCUCUGCUCACAUCCACUCUCUCUCUCUCUCUCUCUUUCAAGGACCCUGCUGAGUUUACAAACCGCCCUGAUGGUCCCUAAUCAAUUCGAACCACUUUUCAAAGAGUCCUGGAGUUUGUGUUUUAUGGACGCACCAGGAAACAACCAACUUUUCUGAAAUUGUUUAACAUGAGGGACACAGAACAGUGCAAAAGCUCAACUUUUACCAAUUCUACUUCUGAUUCCUUGUCAUACUUUAUUUAAGUCACAUUCACUCAACUAGUCCAGUUAAAAAAAUGUAAUUGCAUGCCAUAAAAGCAAAAGAAGGCCUUAAUUGCUUGUACUACCUGAGAAUGUCUGCCAAAACUGCAAGCAAAUUGUACUUUUUAAAUGUCUUGAAAUUAGAUGUAUUGAAUAAGUUGUAGACAUCCUCCAUUAGUUGUUUCAUUAUCAUGGACUCAAAAGUAUUUGGACAAAGUAAUAUAAUUAAAAAUAUAAGCAAUUUUCAGUCAGUGGUUGCUUAAAGUGUGAAGAAAUUAACAGUAUGAAUCAAUGUGUGAUCAUCCUAUUAAGUUUGGUGAUGAUCAACUGAAGCACUGUAGAGUUAAAAGGACUUUUUGUUCUUUUCACACUGCAAAAAAGCUGUUUAAAUUGAGUCCAUCUUGGGACUAAUUACAACCCCACCCAACAACAAAAAUUCAAGUUUUUAAUACAUUUAUAUCUCCGUCUUGUCUUGAAUGAGCACCAAAAUUCUGAAGUCAAUCAGAUAAAAUUCCUUUACUGAGUUCAUUAAAACAUAAAACUUGUUCAUCGAUAAAAACGCAAAUAUCUGACCUUAAACUGUUUAUUGUGCACCUCCUGUACUUAUUAAAAGGAUGGUCCUAAGAGGUUUUUUUUUUUUUCUUCUGCUCAUGAUAGAUGUGUGUAAUGAUUUUCAUACGUGUAGCUCUACCUAGUCCCCUGACUGACUUUUGGGGCCCUAGUAGGGCCAUUUUGCAAUGCAUGUGCUCGAAACCACAAUCACAUGAAAAUUUCUACAAGGGCUGAAUUCUGGAGAGGGAUCUGGCUGCAGAUCAUAGAUCUCAGACAGCCCCUCAUAUACUGUUAUUGCAAGAUGCCAACUCCUCUUAACACAGGCCUAAUUGUGAUUUAAUCCUGGUGGGAGCUGACCUUUUCCUGUUUCAUAUAUAAACACUAAUCCCCACAAAGUCAUGGAUAGCUAUGAAGCUAACAUAAGCUACAUAACUAUGUUAUCUGUGAAACUUGCAUAGCUAUGAUAGCUUUAGCUAUGUUUGCUUAAGCUCAUUUUGCCAAAGCUACCUUAGUUGCAUUGGCUUAACUGUGUAGUUAACGUAGCUAUGUUAGCUUUAGCUAAAGUGAGCCACCAUUCAUAUAUCUACUUCUAAAACGGGCUUAAUUAUAAUUUAAUCUCAGUGGGACCUCUGACCUUUUUCUCUAAUAUAUUAAAUGCUAAUUCUCACAGAGCUAUGGAUAGCUACAAACAAAUUUAUUAGACCACCCUAACCCUAACCAAAGUAAGGUUUAUGCCACAGCUACCCUAA